ACCCUGGAGCCUUAUGGUCUCAAUCCUCCUGACAUCAUUUUCCAGCAAGAUAAUGACCACAAGCACACCUGCAGAAAGGUCAAGGACUGGCUAAAGGAGCAAGCAUUCAACACUAUGGUUUGGCCUGCACAGUCUUCUGACCUAAACCCUAUUAAACAUCUCUGGGGUUAUCUCAAA